AUGAUGCUACAGAAAGUACCCCUGAUUUCUAGUUCCACCCGUGACACUGCUUCCCUGUGUGAUGUUGAGCAAGUCAUGUCACUUCUCUGUCUCUACCCCAAACCAACUCUGACAGCCCAUCCUGGGCCCAUCCUGGCACCAGGAGAAAGCCUGAGUCUCAGGUGCCAAGGGCCAAUUUAUGGAAUGACGUUUGCUUUAAUGAGGUUGGAAGACUUGAAGAAACCGUAUUACUACAAGAAGCCAAUAAAAAAUGAGGCAUAUUUCUACUUCCAGGCUCUGAAGACACAGGAUACAGGGCACUACCUCUGUUUUUACUAUGAUGGGUCAUACAGGGGCUCGCUGCUUAGUGAUAUCCUGAAAAUCUGGGUGACUGACACUUUUCCCAAGACCUGGCUACUUGUUCAGCCCAGCCCUGUGAUCCAAAUGGGUCAAAACGUGAGCCUGAGAUGUGGAGGAUUGAUGGAUGGAGUGGGUCUUGCACUCCAUAAGAAGGGAGAAGAAAAGCCCCUUCAGUUUCUGGAUGCCACCAGCAACACUGGCAACAAUUCAUUCUUCCUAAAGAACGUGACCUACAGGGAUGCUGGCGUCUAUAGCUGCCACUAUUAUCUUACCUGGAAGACUUCCAUUAAGAUGGCAACAUACAACACUGUGGAGCUGAUGGUUGUAGGCAAGUGA